CUUCCUUUCUCUGUCCGCUUGCAGCUCAAGAUCUCGUCUCUUCACAAACAACGAAAACAAUCAAACGGUCCUAACCAUCGCCAUCUUUAUACCAGUACGCCCGACAUUUGAUUAUCAUACCGACUCACUCGCGCGUCCGCGGCCCGUCCGUCUCUCGAUCUCGUACACGCGCUCGUUCACUCUUGUCAGGGGGGUGUUUGUUUUUCGACGCAGGCCCGGAUCUACACGGGAACGAAAGGCCCAAGGGUCUUAAGGAAUUGCAACCACUGCAACUGACCCUUAAUCGUUCACUCCACCCUCCACCUCCUUCUCCCUCCAUAUCAACAAACAAAACACCAGCCAACCAACCACACAUCUACAAUCACAAUGAGGAGCACCAAAUUUCUAGUCGCGAUAGCUCUCGCGCUGUCAACCCUCGUCGCCUCGUCGCCAGAACCAACACCAACCCCCGUGCCCGCCCACGUUCUCCCACGACAAGCCUCAUCCGCGACGGGGCGUCCCACAGCCGGCAGCGGCACCGGUGUGCGCGGGUCCGAAGCGGCCGACCCCGAUGCUGCCUCGGAAUCCGGCACGACGGCCAAAGGGUCCGGCUCCGGGUCGUCCAAGAAGGCCACCUCGACGAAAAAAGUGUCGAUCCCCGCGACGGCACAAGUCGGGCGAGUGUCGAUGGUUACGCCCGGUGUGUAUGACGGAUACCAGAUCUACAAGAUCGGCGAGACAAUCACGUUCGCCUGGAACUACACCGAUGUCAUGGUCACGCCCACAGCUAUCAACGUCGUCGCGUACUGCCAGGACAAUCAGCACGAUUUCACCAUCACCGGGAAUGUCAGCGCGGGGCAGACGAAGGUCCUCUGGGAUACCGGCGAGUACCAGAGCACUGCUACUGUUAAGCUGCUGCUCGCGACGUACACGCUCAACAUUUUCGACGCCUCAAAGGCCAAAACCGCCGCGCCCACGGCUGGAUACCUCACGACUUUCCAAGGUUACCAAUUCGGAAUGUACUCGCCCAAGGCAGCCGUUGCUCUCAAAGACUUUGUCUGCCCGACUUGCGAUCCCAACGACGCUAGUAGACUGAAUGCCUACGCCCUUAAGAUGUCAAUCGGCAUGGGCUUCCUCGCCGUGGCAUCGUUCACGUGGUUCUUGGCCGGAUUCCGACUGUAAUCAGCUAAUGUGAAGUCUUGUUUGUGACCUUUUUUUUUCUUUCUUCAUCUUCAAAUGCAUCAUGGAACUGGCGGGAUCGAUAGGAGGGUGAGGGGUGGGUGGGGUGUAGACUGAACGGAUAUUAAUUUGUGGUAUGUCGGGAUGUGACGUGGUGUGAUUCACCGUUUUUUUUUCGUGACUCUUUUUCUUUCUCGGGAGCUUUGGUGUUUUUUUUUGUAGCAUAUAGCAUUGUUAUGUUUUAAGAGAGAGAAGUAAAUGAGAUAUUUCGUCUGUUUUUACAUACGCAGGUGUCGCCAUUGUUGGCGUGAAGGGUGCACACUGCAGAUGGUUACGACGACA